CAGUAGCCAUACCUCGAUUCUCAAAACUUAAAGCACACCACACGCUCGCAAUGGAUCUGUACUACAUGCCGAUUUCUCCUCCUUGUUGGUCUGUUCUGCUACUAGGCCGACAGCUGGAUCUCACCUUUAAUUUGCAGGUCGUCGAUUUCAAGGCCGAAGCCCACAAGAAAGAGGACUUUUUGAAGAUCAACCCGGCUCACACGAUCCCCACGCUAGCAGUAGACGAAAACUUCGCUCUGAGCGAGUCACGCGCCAUCAUGGCCUACUUGAUGGAAGCACAUAUCGCCACCAACGGUCAGGAUCACCCGCUAUACCCUCGGGAUGCCAAAACGCGGGGACUCAUUCACAACCGGCUGGAUUUCGAUCUGGGGACACUGUACCAUCGGAUCAUCGCCUACUGUUCGCCACAGUGGAAGAGCGGCACUAUGGGAACGGAGGAGAAUCGUGCCAAGGUGGAGGAAGCGUUCGAAUUCUUGGAAGUGUUCCUGACCAAAACCGGCUUCGCGGCCUCCGAUCACCUUACGAUCGCAGAUAUUGCGCUGUUUGUAAGUGUAAGUGUGCUGGAUCUGUGCAGCUAUGAUCGGUCGAAGUACGGUAAGGUGGCGGCUUGGUACGACGUAUGCAAGAAGGAGCUCGUCGGAUACGACGAUGUCAUCGCGAAGGGAUUCCCCGAGUGGAAGAAAAUAGUUACGCAACCGAAGAACUAGAAGCGUGGAGUGUGUUUUCUGACAAAUCAUCAACUCAAAGUGACAUCCAUUCGAGAGGAUUGUCACUACACGAUACACGAUAUCAUGUUAGAAUAGUAGGUGUUGAAAACGUAAUGUAAGCGAUCGAUAGCUCUACAUCAAGCUCUACUAUUACUAAAAUGCGGACGUUUAAUAAAGCUC